AUGGCUGAAGCCAUUGUGAGUGGCUGCAUAGAUGUUGGAAGGGUUAGGGAUGAAGAAGGAAGAGGAAGGGGAAGAAGAAGGAAGAAGAAAGAAAAGGGAAGAAGAGGAAAGAAGAAGAAGGAAGAGGAGGAGGAAGAAGAAGAAGGGGAAGAAGAAGAAAUAGAGGAAGAAGGGGAAGAAGGGGAAGAAGAGGAAGAAGAGGAAAAAGGGGAAGAAGGGGAAGAAGGGGAAGAAGAGGAAGAAGAGGAAGAAGAGGAAGAAGGGGAAGAACAGGAAGGGGAGGAAGAAGGGGAAGAAGAGGAAGAAGAGGAAAAAGGGAAAGAAGGAAGAAGAGGAAAAAGGGAAAGAAGGAAGAAGAGGAAGAAGGGGAAGAAGAGGAAGAAGGGGAAGAAGAGGAAAAAGGGGAAGAAGAGGAAGAAGAGGAAGAAGGGGAAGAAGAGGAAGAAGUGA